AGAUGUGCACCAUCACAACACCUGUCAAAAAACACAAUGAAGACUCCUGGGUUAUAUAGAUGGAGAAAGCUGACCUACACUGUUGCCCUGACUGCAAAAUACAUUACUUCAUGUCAAAAUGUGUCAUGUCAGUGCAGAUGCUCUACAGCUAACACCCAUUCUUCUCUACAAGCAUGUGAUGACCAGAGAGCUGUGUGGACUGGACAGAGAGCAGAUUCCUCACAAAGCACGGGCGGCAGGGCUGCUUAGCGCUGGACACCUGUGAUGGACGACAUCUGGAGGCUGGUGGCUGGUUGCCAUAGGCGGGCCAUGGGCAGCAGCCAGGCCUUACAAGGCUGUGCACCACUCAGAUAAAGUCUGGUGGCGGAGAUUGGAAUCUCCUACUGUGAGAGCGGUUCUCCUCCAGGUGCUGAGCAAAAAGUGGAAGAUUUUUCUUCAUAAUGAACACAGACAAACAUCCUGAAUUUGCCUCCCAAGAGGGAGACAGGAUGGGUGAGUAUCUGAUUCUGUGUCCUUAGUAUGAAAGUGAUGAUGUUCAGGCUGCACACAUUUCUCCACAACUGCCACCAUCCUGCCUGAGCACACAGGGGAGUACUGAAAGUAGUGUGUGUUGAAAGCUGAAGGAGUAUGUGUGGAGGAACUUGAAACAGCAAGACUUUUGCAGUGAUGCUGCAGAUAUGAGGUCCCAGGAAGAGGAAGAAGAGAAGGAGGACAGCGUUUACAGUGAAAAUGGGAUACAGUGCGUGGAAGGUGGGAUGGAUCUGUGUGCGAUAAAAACUGAGGCAGAGGAAAUGGAAGAUAACGAGCAGUAUCUCAAGGCUGAAAAAGAAAAACAGAUUGUACCAAAAGAGGAAGCAGAGGGGGCCAGUGAGGACGGCAUGGAGGAAGGACUUGAUGAGGAAAGGACAGAGGACGACAAUGAUGAGGAGAGGGAGGGGGACGGGGAUGAAGAGUGUGAUACCCUGAAUGAGCCGCAGGACCUGUCACUGGUGGACUACUCACGUUACGACAGCGCGGCCCUGCAAGACGCCCACGCAGAAGCAGACGCUGCAGAGGGGCCCCGCAUUCAGGCAACAGGCAAGCUCAACUGUGACAUCUGUGGCCUGUCCUGCGUCAGCAUCAACGUGCUGCUGGUGCACAAACGCAGCCACACGGGUGAGAGACCAUUCCACUGCACUCAGUGCGGGGCCUCCUUCACCCAGAAGGGAAACCUGCUUCGCCACAUCAAACUGCACUCCGGGGAGAAGCCUUUCAAAUGCCCCAUGUGCAGCUACGCCUGCCGCCGACGCGACGCUCUGAGCGGGCAUCUGCGCACCCAUUCUGUGGAAAAGCCCUUUAAGUGCAACCACUGCAGUCGCAGCUACAAGCAGCGAAGCUCCCUUGAAGAACACAGAGAAAGGUGCCAUGUGUACAUUCAGAGCAAAGGCCCCGCUGAGAGAGAGGACAGCCACACAUCCAGGAAUCAGAUGGGCACCGAGCGUGCUCUGCUGCUCGACAGGCUCGCCAGCAACGUUGCCAAACGAAAGAGUUCGAUGCCACAGAAGUUCACCGGCGACAAUGGUGUCUGCCUGGACCUGAGCUUUAACAGGGAGCUGGUCCACCAAACUGAUGUCAAGGACCCCCCGGGAGGAUCUCCGGGGCCCGACGGCCAACAUCAGCAACAACCAAUCCUCACAGGCCCAGACGGCGACGCGGCUCCCUCCCACAGGCCCUACCCCAUCCCAUUAGGUCGCAAUGACAUCAACCAUCUGGGCCUCACCAACGGCCAUAAGAUGGGCAUGUCACUCCUGGGCCUCCAUCACACCGCCCAGCCACCCCUUUGCAUGGACUCAUUCCACAAUGACAGCUCCCAAAUGUCCCAGCCCGUCAUGUACAGCUUAGGACACCUGCUGGGGGGGCUGAACCGCCAGAACGGCGUCCCUCACCCACAUGCCCAGUCCAUCCCCUUGUCACCACUGGAGGCUUUGCGAGUGGCCCGGGCUGAGGGGGAGGCAGGAACGGGGGCAGCUUACCCCUGCAGCCACUGCAGGGUGAUUUUCCUGGACUAUGUCAUGUUCACCAUCCAUAUGGGAUGCCACGGCUUCCGCGACCCGCUUGAGUGCAAUGUGUGUGGCCACCGCAGCCAGGACCGUUACGAGUUCUCUUCACACAUAGCCCGUGGCGAGCACCGCUUAGAAUUGAAGUAACUUUCAUUCAUACUGAUGUUCAUGCUUGCACAGGCACACACAUGCACACAAGCUUAGACACAGAUUUACUUAUAUCAGUAGCUGGUUGUUUUAAAUAUAAAAAAGCAUGAAGUAGCAACUGUCUUUAGUGUGUGUGUGUGUGUGUGUGUGUGUGUGUGUGUGUGUGUGUGUGUGUGUGUGUGUGUGUGUGUGUGUGUGUGUGUGUGUGUGUGUGUGUGUGUGUGUGUGUGUGUGUGUGUGUGUGUGUAUUAGAGGGAAAUCUUACGAGAAACGUUAUGGGAGUGUGACUGGUGUCAGAGUGAUCUUGGUUACACUGUAGUCAUAAAAAAUGACCUGUAAAAUGUUUAUGCAGGAGUUAUUCUACCUCCUUUUCAUAUAUAUUUUCUUAAUGAUCUCUACGGACGCCGCUGUUUAUAUAACAUAACAAUACGUCACAUUCAUCUAAAUGUUCAACAAAGUAGCACAAAUGAAUGCAUUUCUUGUGUAUCUGCUGUUGGUUUUCCUGUUAUCUCUGUAAAGGUGUACAAAUAAAAGAGAGCCUCUUUUGCUCUUCGUCACACGCA